AUGAAACUGACAUUUGCAGACAACGGAAAUUACUUCACGUAUCUAAGGUACCCCAGUUGUAAUGUGAGGACCAAUGGCUCAACUAAUAUCACCAAGUGGUAUAUCCCCGAGUUUAUGUUGGCUGAUCCGAACGACGACGACAAGAGAAGAUGCUCUGCUAGGACGGUCAAGCAGAAUACGGUCAAGAGCAGCAGCGGUGUGUACGAAGUCAAUGGAAUCGCAGAACUUCCCGUGAAGAAUUUCCGGUCGGAGCACGUUUUUGAAGUGCACCUCGUCAGCCACUUUCUGGAGUGGGUGUGUGGAGGAUCCAGUGAACUUACAUACGCGAGCAUUGGCGUCACGGUUCCUUUCCCCGAUGGGUGGACGCGUCCAGAUUCUACAUGGUGCGCCGCAGUAUUUGGAGGGGGCAAGGGUGGCUUACAGUGGUCUCGCAACAAUGGCCCAAAGAAGAACUGGGUGAAACAUACGGCGGACAAGCUCGGUAGCAACGCCAACACAGACUUGCUCGUCCUGUAUCACGACAAGCCCAACGGAGUAAAUGAGGUCAUUACAGAAGGCAAGAAGUCAGAUCUUGAAACCGUAAGCGACGUAGAGGGCCCGGCGGAUAUGGUGAUGAUGGUUGCCACCACGUUCGACUACCUAAAGACUCUCCAGGACCUGUGGAUGAAACCCAGUCAGGACAUCGAGUUAAUCUCCGAUGAGUUUGAUCGUCAAUACACAGAACAGUACCACAGCAGUCCACCGGCAGGCAAGACACUUGGAAAGCCGGAUGCACCUCGAGGUGUCAAGCACUGGGGAAUGCGCACGCUAUGGUGCUACUGGAUCGACCGACAUUUGGCGCUGGUUGAGCAGGUGCAGAGCGCUUGGCAUAUAUCGGCCAAGUCCCAGGCGCAAGGAUAUAACACACAGGCGGCUACGGACUUUGCAGGGCAGACUAUGACGAGCGGAGCAGCCGCGGUCAGCAAGUUAAAGUUCCCUCAGAAGAACCCCGGCAGCCCGCUUCCUGGAGAUCCGCUGAGCCCGUCGAAUCAGAAGAGUAGGUAUGGCAUGUGGGGAGACAAUGAACUGAGGCAGCUGGGGUUGUAG